CCACCUCCACCACCUCCGUGUCACCCACCACCAAUUCCCGAAUGCCCACGUGUACUACCACCUCCACCAUGCAACUGUCCACCACCGCCUCCACUCCCAAUUCCGAACUACUCAACCCCUACUGGCUGUGAUUCACCUCCAAUACCAAUAAAACCGCCUCCAGAAUCGGAACCACUACCAACAAGCCCCGAGCCUGUCGAGGAACUUCCACCACCAGACCAUCACCCAGACGUCUACACCUCCUCAUCCCGUUAUGUCAGUGAUUUACCAAACCCAAGGAAGCCAGAACCAUAUCUUGUUCCCCGCGCCAGGCACUAUUCACCAUCAGCUGCGCAGUAUGCUGCCCCGGAUAUCACGUAUUCAAAGAGACGUAUACAACAAGCUGCCGAACAGUAUCUUGGAACGAAUGUUAACGUUAUAUGCGGAAACGGAGUUUUUGCGUACGUUGUGCAUACAAGAGAGUUUUGCCAGCAUACUGUCGAUGACCUUACCUGUUACGUAUUUCAACCCACGUAA